AAGAAUCAGUCAAUAGAUAAGAAGGUUUGAAGAACAGUGAAUUUGGACGACGAUGGAGGUUAAAACGGAAAUUACAGCGAACGUAGAGAUUGGCGGGCUUGUAAAUUCUGCGCUUCCUCGAAAUGAUUUGGUCUCGAUCUAUGCAUUUCCGGAUUCAGACCUUCAUCAUUUGCUUGGAGCCUGGAUGACAAGAGAGUACAGGAAAACUCGCAGGGAAUUAGAUAGAAUGAAAAGGAAUGAUCUUAGCUAUGCAAUUUCACAAACAAGUUCAAGGCAAAAGGUUAUAAAGAAGAUAGCUAAGCGUUGCGCAGCCAUUGCUGUGUUUAUAAGAAGAAAUCCAGAGGAGAAUUCCUGGAAGUGGAUAUCAUAUGCCGGCUAUAGUGUACAUCGAUUGCUGCAAAUUACUGCUCUUCUGGGUGUUGAAAAGGGAAAGAUCAUCUCCGAAAUGCUUCCAUUUCACCAAAUACAAGGUUUCAGGUUCAAUUUGACACCCGAGUUGUAUCUCGAUAAAAGCAGUACUAUAUUAAGACACGCAGAUCAGGAAUCAGGGUCUGAAGAAGCUGAAUCUCCUCCUCUUCCGCCCAUCUCCGAUGUAGCAAGUGAUGAUAAUCAUAGUGACAAGGCCGUUCUCUUGAAUUCGAUAUCCAUAAUCCGAGGAGAACUGUCAGAACCAUGCCUUGGUUGGCCUUUACUUCGAAGAAAAUCUCCUGCAAACCAGGAGUUUAAGAAACAUGAAGGUAGGGAUACAUCUGUUUUGGAAUGGAUAAUGAGCCUGCCUGAUCGAGUUACCUCAGUUGUUGACCAGAUUGAUUUGCAUUCGAAUCAAGCUAGCUUCAAUGACAAUCACAAGAUUGAAUAUGGUGCAGAAGAUUCAGUUUCUUCGAACAUAAAAGAUGCGGAACCAAAUCCAAAGCCUGGUUGGCCUCUUCUUCGCAUUACAGCUUCCACUACUUCUAUUGAAUCACAGGAAGUCGACAAUUGUGUGCAAAUAGAAAAUUCCUUGCCAGCACUAAGAAAGAUGCCAAACAACUUGGCUCUACGUUGCAAGCAGUUCACACUCGGAGCUUAAGCAAGCAACUUCUGGUUUCUCUCCAGGUUAUCUUUCAACACAAGCUUCUUUUGGAAUUAAGCAUAUACAUAUAAUUUUAAAGGCUUAGAUACAAACAGCUUUUGUUCUUAUUUUUGAAAUGUUUUCUCGGUUUCAAUUCUCUUACAGAAAACUUGAUCGGAGAGGGAGGAUGCAGCAAUGUAUACAAAAGGUUUCUUUGCAGUGGCAAGCCAGUGGCUGCUAAAAUCAUAAAAUCGUACAAAGAAGCUUGGAGUGACUUCUCCUUAGAAGUGAUAUUGUUUCUUCAUUGAAAAAUAAGCCUAUAACGCCCCUAAUUGGAGUUUGUGUUGAAAAUGAUUAUCACAUCUCUGUCUAUGACUUCUUUCCAAGAGGGAGUUUAGAGGAAAUUCUCCAUGGUAAUUACAUAAAUCUCAAGGUUUCUUUACAUUUUUCAAAAGAUAAAAAAAAAUACAAUGGAGUUGCAAGUUUUUCUUUGUACUUCUUUAUCCAAAACAGGUCAAAGCAGGCAAUAUGUGUUGCCAUGGGAGGU